AUGAUGGCCACGAAGAGGAAGAUCGCGAAAGCGACGGUAUUCGUAAUUGUUUUUUUAUUUUUUCCGAUGUUGGAUGGAAAAAUGUAAUUUUUGCACGUGGGCUUUUACUUUGAGUUUGACUUCUUUGUCGCACUUGGAAUUAUCGCUGUCGCGAAAUAACGUUGAUGUCCACCUCCACAUUGCUCAACUGCAUCUUCUACUUCGGUGGGGUAGACAAAAAGAACCGCGCCGGUCGAGCAGGCCCUUGAAUAUUAAAGGAACAUCAAUCACGAACGCUAGAAGGACUUCUACCCUUUACCAUUACCUGCGUGCUGACCCACGACUAGCAGUAGCCCCGUUUUCUUAGUCUCUCUGCAUAGAAACCGCACGUAAAGUUGAUUCCAAUCUUUCAAAAUCCAAAUCCAAAUCUGAAUCGUGUCACACAAGAAAUAAACUAGAUUGCGAAAUUUCUAUCAGGCACGACUGGCGGUUUUAUUUGUGGUGGCAAAUCGUGAAGAUUAUGGUGUGGAGCUCUUUUGCGCGGGUGUAUGGAGAGAAAAACAAAAUGUAGUUUUAUACUCGCGAUAAGCUGCCACUGCCAGCAUGUACAUGCUUAAGUAUUUUUCCACCUCUGGAACAGCAGGAUGGGCAGCUUGUAUGAUGAAUUCAUUUAGCAGAUUUCCCGAGGUCGUUGUACUUGUACUUUGUACGCGGGUCGCUACCUAUCAUGUAUGCAAACUUGUAUCUAAAUUCGCGGCGAUGAAAAAAGGAAAUCUAAAUGUAAAAAAGGAAAGAAUAUCGCGGCGAUGAAGGGACUACUUUAUUUCCCCACCAUACGUGGCUGCGACCGCGGAAGAAGGACUAUCAAGUGCAAAUCCAAAUGUCCACCUCCGUGGAUCUGGAACACGGCAGUUAUUUGUGAAGAUAGUGCAGCUUUCGCAUGUGCUGGCCCAGACGGAGGUUUGAAUGAAAGCGAACGACCCUCUGUUGCAUGACAAGUUUGAUGGUUGAGACAGCUCCUCGAGGAACGAAUGCUCGCUCUGCAUGAGAAAUGUCAUGAUCUCCAGCUGGUCAAACAAAGUAGGAGAUCAUGGUUAUUGCAGCUAUUCAUAUCUUCACAUGUACAGCUUUAGCUUUUUGUGUAGAGGUAGACCAGUAGAGCAUUUUAACCUCUGUAGCAGUUGUAGCAUCUUCACAAAUUAAAAACUCGGAUCGACUGUUCCAGAGGACCCAGAUGUUUGGUUUUUGCACUUACCACUGCAUAGCGAGCACCAGAAGGAAACAAGUUCGACUAUGGAGGUCUCAAACCUUUGCAUUCUCAACUGUAUACGCGAUUUGUCAUGCAAAAGCACUCACAGCCAGAGCCACCACACGAUCUUCAAGCUACUUCACACGACACAUCAUUCUCGAUGAAGGGGCAAACGGCACGGAAAUCUGUAUGUGCGGAAUUUGUGACGCGAGAGUUGCAAGCGUUCGCUUUUGCUAUUCUUGCAUUACAAAUUCACGUAACAGUUGAGAAUGUGACGGUUGAGGACUCCAUAUCGGCUUUCUCGAAGACGAGGAUCCUCCUGGUCCGAGGAAAACGAGGCUCGAAAAACGGCGAGGGAAGGACAAGAUGAAUAUCAAAUGCAAAUUAAUACUUAUGUCUGGAUCUUCUAGAAGCUUGUGAUGCUGAAAUGAGAUCAUGAUGGCAACACGACCUUCCAAUGCACGACCAGCCAAGCAUGACAACUUUGGAGAACGCUUUGAUCUUGAUGUUGAUCGCAUACGGAGUCCGCAUGAAGAGCAACUGCGUUUUUGCAUGACGAAGAAGGCUGCGAGACUUUUGUUGGUCAUGCAAUACAGAUCUCACAGCCACAGGCACAGGGAUGUAGGGCCAGCAUUACAAGUUCGAACUGUCCAGACAUCCAGGGAUGAUCAAAUUUGCAGUGCAUAAAGAAAACGAGGCUGCGAAAACAAGCGAGGGCAGGAGCUCGUUCCGCGGUGAAGUCGAAGUCGCCCGCGCCAGCACAGGUUGUGGAUGUAUCAACACGCAGAAAAAUUGGCGAACGUCCUACCAUAUCAGAUUGCGAAUUACAUGUCUGAGUCUGGAAGACGAUGACGAGGGCAAAAUUGUGGUGCAUGCUGUGGGUCCUACAGAAAUUUGUCUUGCGUCAUGACUAGUAUCACCCAAAGUGGCCCAGUUUCGGUCAAGUUCUUGUCAGGAAGUUUCUCAUGCAGGAUACGGAUUAAAAAUGAUAAAAAGGCCUUCAUCAGGACUCUGUGAUGCCAGGUGCUAAACUCCAGCACCAGACCUCAUGGGGUAUGGGUAUGGGAACCCCGCAUUACAAACCUUGCAAUCUUGCAGAAGCAGACCCAGACAACAUAUUUGCAAUGCAUAAAGCACCACUCCUGAUCCGUUUUCCACCUCAGCAGGGGAGAAACAAAGGCUAAGGCUUGCUUGCAUAAAGUAGAGCGUGCAUAAUAGUACCUGAUGUAUGUCUAUGUUGAAGAUGCAGAAAAAGUGUAAGUAGGUCUACUUCCUCUGCGGUCAGGUCAGCUUGACAAGUAGUUCGAGAGACACCAAGAAAUGACGCAAAGUUCGAGAAGAGAUCGCUAUCUGGCCGUUGCCGGAGCAUACAAAUUUACUAAAAAGUCUGCAUGCAGGUACGGCUAGUAGUAGUACAAGUACUCCAGUGCUGCAUCCUCUUCCUCGGGUAGUUGAACCGCUUUGCACGUACGUCUUUGACUACGUACUCGAAAAUAGAACUGUGAUUCAGAUGAAAUCAGAAUCACUUCAGAAGAAGUUUCUCGUCAACCAUGGAAACCGGAGAAAAUUUGUUUCCACCUCCGGGUUUGGUGUAGUUUGGGACCAAGACAAUUUUUCAACGCCGUGAUAGCAGGAGCCAGCGCCGUUUCUGGACCAGCUGCAAGGUGGCCCACUCUCGGCAUCAACAAACCCGGAUUGUAUGGAAUGUAAAUGACGAGAACAAACGGAUUGCGGCCACUUCUUGAGUCCUCCAACAUCGUGGUUUAUUUGAAUUCCAAUUAAGUAAGGACUUCAACUUCUAUGUCUGCUGCGGAAGUGGCUAGUUCUUGUUGGAUUUGCAGCACUGCUGCGGGUGACUCUUCUGUAUUUGCGAUGUAAAACAUCGAAUUUCAAUUUUUAGAACCCACAUCAUGUGAUCCUUGCGCUGUUUUUACUUCUUACACGACUGUGUGCCUUUUGGUCAUGAACUCCCGCUCCUGCGCCCGCAGCGGCCGCUUGGAUACAUGAAUCUGGGACAAGGCUUGCUGGUGGCAAGAAAGCGUACUUAGAACAAGGUGCAUCAAGUGCAGUUCGUUGUGUAAGACAAGAAUCUUCAAUAGCGAAGUUGAACGAAGAAGUUUCGCCGCUUAAUAGUUCGCCGCGUGGGAAGAUGUAGAUCUAGAUGCACAUGGGUGCUCUAAAAGGUUGUCGUUGUAGAGUACUCUUCAUAUGAGGAAUUCUGGACUUUUGGUUUUCCGGCGUUACCCAGGACAAACCUACCGUGUCACAACUAGGUUUGGCUUGAUUGUGACUCAACGGAAGUGUGCCGCAAUAGCAAUUUGUUCCUUGGGAUAAAGUCAAAACUGGAGCAGCAGCCGUCGCCGGCGAUGGCGCCGGUGGAUUCUUUACUACCAUGAAAAAAGCCAUCCCCCCACCCUGCCCUGAGAUAAAAUAAAAAGCAUGACUCUGUGUGGCGUCUUUUGUAUGUCGCAGGAAAUCGUGUUGUCGCGACGCAAUGGGUGACUUCUGCUGCUGGCGCAUAACCAUAGGCUCUGCCGUUCUGCCUGGUGGCUUAGUUUGUAGCGUUGAGUUUGGCCAUCUGUCACAAGAACAAGGCAUGGCUCUAGUAACCCUAUCUGUUCAUCUAGUACGUAGUGAUAAUGAACAAAAUGAAAAUUGAAAUUAGUAGCGUAUUGAGAAUGAAGAUGAACAAGACUUGUGUCGCUCCCUCACCCGGAAGGUUUUGUAUAAAAAACAAGCAGGGCGCCGGGGGCGUGGUGGCGUUUUUCCACACGAUAGAUCUCGAAGAUCGCUGAAGCUGCCAAAAGCGCGUACGAUACCGCACUGCAGGCACUGCAGGAUCCGGAUCGCCACCUUGAUGCAGCAAAUUUUCUGACAAAGGUACCAACGCUGUUGGGUUUUCUCAGCAUGCCGGACACCAAGAGGGUCUUUCAGUGGUAUGCAAUGCUGAAGCCAUCUGUUCCGCAGCCGCCGGUGCUGGGAUGGAAGUGGAACUGGUAUGAACAGAAGAGGAGUGGUCUUGCAGGGAGGUGGUCGCAGCACCAACAGAUGUUCCGGAUUGUCAUGCGACUUUGCACACUGCAUCAUAGACGCAUGAUUUUUCUAUGAUACCAAAGCAAAUAAAAGUGUAGUAAAACCACAUGAAGGACAUUGUUUGAUGUUAGUGUGCUUUUUGCAUAGCAAGAAAGAGGAAGAAGGAGGCAGGCCCAAGUUAGCAGGACAAAUUGGAGCUGGUUUGUCAGGGCUAGCCGCACCAGUCCCCUGUCCCCCACCAAACCACUCCCUUCCCCUCCAUGAGUGGGCCGAAAGUAUGACUCAGGGCAUUAUUCAGUACAGAAGCAGGACGAGCAGCACGAGCGCCGAACAAGCGAAACGCCAAAGCUCCGUCGAGUCUGCGGUCGUCGAAAUUGUGGCUGCGGUGGGCCGUAGUGAAAGUCCUCCUGAGGGGUUGCUCGCUCAGGCACUCAACAAAGAAACCCCGCCUGUAGAAGGUGCUGCGUAUGGUGUGUAAAAACGUUCCCCUUCCAUGAGAAUAGAUCGUCCGCAAGAAGUCUUAUUACGAGCCACGCGCGACAACUUUGAAAGCGGUGCUUAGCCAGUAGCGCAGCAUCAAAAAGAAAGUCACUCGCUUCUCCUGUCUAGAGCAUUACAAAUUCGUAUGCACCUUGAGGAAAUGCUUCUCAUGGGGACCGGCAUGGCACAUCGAUCUGCAUCUGCUGCUUGUGCGAGGUCUGCAUCACAUCAACUUUGCGUUUGGCUCUGCGGUGGUGGAAGCGUUUUUACGCAGGAUAAUGGGGGCACCAGCUUUAAAAAGGCAGUCCUCGACGAAUGGCUGGGGAAGGAAAUUAAAUCCGACAAGCCUUAUGCUUUGAAAUUGUCAACAACUGCACACGACUCCUUUGCCGCUGCCCAGCAGCAACUACGCGUGUCAGAGCUCACUCUACAGCAGCCGUACCCGCAGGUGGCCGGGUUGGUGGCACUAGUGAAGGCGGCGGCAGUCGCCUUGGUCGAGAAUGCCCUUUCCGACGUCGAGCCCAACUUCCACAGCCAGUUCGUAAACAAUAUCUGGACGCCUCUGACGAAAGAAAUAGUCCAAGCUUUCGCCAAAAAGAAGAUGACCGGACUAGGGUUGGAAAGUAACGACUUCGUCCCGGAAACGGUCGAGCACUGGUGCGAGGAAGAUCUGGCCGACUUUCUGCGUGCGGUUGAUGGUAUUGCUUAGAACUGUUGAACUUGAUCUCUUGUCGUGGGAAGCCGAUGAAAAGGAUGUAUCAAAAUCAAUCUAUAAUUCCCCUAGGGGAAGGGGGCCGGGGCGGAACCACGUUUGUUUCCGGGAGUCGUGCUUCUUGUUCCACGAAACUGCCUUGGUUCUACUUCUGGUGGGAACGUCUUCCCGCCUUGGUUGUUUAUGUUUUCCUGCCUCGCCAUUUUUUCUUUUUGUGAGCGCCACAUGCGGGCGUGGGAUGAAAUGGUCCAAGUAGGAGUCGCACAGAAGUUGCGUCCCUCGACUUUGGACCAGGCAGUCGCGCCGGGACUUUCAAACAGGCAGAGGCCUCGUUACACAGGAUACUAAUCUGGAAUUUGAAUGACGGUUGUAACAUGGCGCCGCUGCUUCUUUUGCGAACGGUAUAGAAAAUAAAUAUGAAAAUCUACAACCACAGAAGCAGCACCUCCGCCGCCAGAAGCUCCAGCUGCACCCGUAUCCCAUGAAAAAAAAGAUUCCCGACCCAUGAUACAAGCGGAAGAAGGCAGUUGUGUUCGCUUCAUGGAAGGAAACAAAAGCAUUUAGUUUUAGUUUGGUUUCAGUGGAUGAAAAUCCAGCAACCCGAAGUUUUGUCCAAGUUGUACUUGUUUCUUCCAGACGCUUUUCUACAUGUCAUGAAAUUCAUGCAUGGAGCCAAGCAUUUUGUAUGGACGUCUCCACCUGCGCCUGCCCUGGGGGUAAAAAAGCCAAUGUCCGACUUUGUUUAGCGCCGGGCGUGGUGGGGGCAAAGCGUGCUAUAAUAUUCGCUUAUUCUUGUGCACAUGCAAGUAGAGGUGUAACAAGCGGGAGGUCGGCAUGUUUUUGCACGGGACAGCGGAAGCUACCAGCGACGAUGACGCCCGAUGAACUUGAAGACGCACUGAAUGUCGCUUCAGAACAAGCUGUGACCGCGUACAAAGAAGUAUUGGGGAACCUUCUGCCGGGCGCCGGGAAAGUCCAAAAGACUUUGUCUAUUGAUGUUGAAGGAACUCCUCAUUCGGUUUCUGUGUCACUGCAAAAGCUGUAUGAGUUUCUCAGCCAGCAGGACACCAUGCGGGUCUUUACGUGGCUUUUAAUGCUGAACCCAGCUUCAAGGACAUGGUGGAAGUGGGAGUGGGCUAAUGACAUGGCUUUCGGCGUAAAAGGUUUGACAUCGCCGUGGCGCGGGCUAGUCCAUUUACAGGAAAAAGCCGAUUUUGCAGCGGAGAAAAUUGCGCACGCGGUGGACGAUGGGCUCGCAAUUUCAAUGGGCGGCGAGCGCGAUAAAAAUUUUCUCACCCACGGACUUCUCGAAACCGAUUUCAAGGAAGCCGUUCUCGACCGGGGCGGCCACCUCAACGAAGGGCCUGACGGGGUGUACAAUCGCCGCGAUAUGCAGGGCGGAAAAGAUGGCAGCGGUCCAGAAAAUUUUGACGCCAACACAAAAACUUUGCUAUCCAAGGCAGCCACAGGAGAUGGAAGUGGCAGCACAGCUCUAAACCUCCAACAGCCAUACCCCCGGGUCCUCGGGUUGCUGCGGGUAGUGACGGAGGCGGCAAGGAAAAUAUUUCAAGAAGCUUGGCAGGAGGCAGUCCGUGCCGACAGCACGCUGCAGGACAAUGAGAGGGAGCGGGCCCUGUCACCUUUCCAAAUGGAAGGCGUUUUUUCGUCCCAAAUCUGGAACCUCUUAAAGAAGCACGCGAUCAAAGCUUUCGCCGAACAGAAGCCGGGUUGGUUGAAAUGGAAAAAAGGCGACCCCGCGUUCGUCCCGGCAGCGGCCGAGGAUUGGUGCAAGGAAGAUCUGGAAAAAUUUCUCCUCGAGCUUGAAGGUACUAUCAAUCUAUUUGUUAAACUAGUAGACCUGAGCUACUUUUACCACUACUGCAGACGUGCGAGUUGGUCCCGGAGCUACCCACUGUUGACCUUGAACUCGUGUGGCGGGAUGAAAACGAACAUGGAAACAUAAAAGUAAUCUAUGCAUAAACAUAAAGUUCUCCUCGAAUUUCGACAGCGUACUUCUCGUUUCAAAUUGUAGGUGGAAAGCACAAGAACAACUCUGGGAAGCAGCUUCCCGGCGCCCGACCCCGAGUUGUUUUCUUGUUUCCUUGUCCCCUGUAGGAAGUUCAGGAAGGUGAUAAGGUCAAGUAGAAGUAGAAGUAGGCCCAACCGGAGGUCGAAGGUGUCCGCAACGAACCGUCUUUGUUCGGCGUUUUUAUGUUAUGUGGCAUUUGUAGUUUCGAAAAGUCGCUGCCGCGCCACCGGCGGCACGGAGUUUUCGACAAGUCGCGAGCCGCGUAACUACCCGGCGGCUCGGGCGGAGGUACAACUACCUCCAGCCCGGGUUACAAACAUCACACAGAUGAAUCCUCCGAACAGCGCACGUUGAUGAUAAAUCUUGCCCACUACAGCAAAGAUACUUACAGCCCCCGUUUGCCAUAAAUUUGUAAACUGCUCACCAAACCUGCAUCCACAGGCCCUGUUGCCGACGAUGACGAUGACGGAGUACCUUCAGAGAGGACGCCGUAUGACGUAGCUCCCCUAGCAGGUAAGUCUAGCACGUGACUUAGUUGGGUUACUUCCUUGCUUUGCAGUCUUGCGCUGCGCCUAUCGACCAGGACAACACGUUGAUCCUCUGAGGAGCUAUCCGACUUAUACAUGUAUUCUUACUCUUCAUCUGUGAGCAUGAUGCAACAACUGGUUCUGAGACGCCAGUGAGCAGAGGGCAGAGUAAGCCGUACUGCGCUUUAUUGCGCUCAGAGCGAUAAUACUGAGCUGCGCAUGUUGAUCACGACAAAUCUUGCCGACUACACGAAAGGAAACUCCAGCCCGCAGUUCGGCAUAAUUUUGAUUUUUAAACUGAACGCGAAACCCACAUUUACAACAGCUGCAGCGGUAGGACCGGCGCUGGGGACGCCAGUGGCGCCACCGGUCCCACAGGAUCCCCACCCGAAGCUAGUGCCGCCACCCCCGAAAGUAGAUCCACUGGUACUCCUAUCACCAUGUAAGACUCCCAUCCCCCCGCCCCCCCGAGCAAAGCCGCUUAUUGAUGAAGAAGCCCGCUUUGCGAAAAACUGCCCGACAUGAGUUAAAACCCGUGAUAGUACUAGAACUGGAAAAAGAUGAAGCUCUGCCGUGGGCCAUUGACUCUGCGGCGAGCCUUUGAUACCAGAUUGCGCCGUGGGGGACCACCGGGUCGUGCAGGCGCGUGGUCUUGCUGGUGUCGGGGGUCGCCCUGCAGCGGGAUGAUCUUCCAUACGCUAGAGCUCUAGGAAGGUAGCAGGAGCUGGGCCACGCCUUAUUUUAGGCAUGAUACCGACGACGACGUAGCCGUUCGAAAUAUAUAAAGACAUCUCGACGCUGGGUGAUGUUGUAGUACAAAGUAGUAGAAGGGGGUGUACAAGGAGUACAUGAUGGAGAAGUGGACUUACUUGAUCAAGAAGGGUCUAUUAGGUAUAAAAAAAAGAAACGCAAUUGCUGCUGGGACGAGCAGAGUAAGCAGAACUUUGGCGCCUACCCGCCUAAAGGGGGGAUGGGAACGAUUUUUGGCGGGAUAGAAGACGCCGUCCUUUUCGGCGGACGGCGUUAAGCAGGGCGUUAAGGAGGCUGUUGAGCAAGCGUAUGGACACGUCGCAAGCAAGUUCGCCACACUUACCUACAAGGUCGAUGACAAACAAAGUGUUUGGUCGUGUCCGAGGUUGACGUUGGAUUCGCUGCCAAACCUGUGGAAAUUUCUCAACCAGGAGGAUACCAAGAAGGUUUUUGAGUUUCUUGUAAUGCUGAAGCCCAGCGCGAGCCCGACAUGGUGGAAGUGGGAAUGGGCUUUUGAAAUGACCAAAGGAAGGACGAUGAAGGGCGAAGUUGGCUCUACGGCUGACAAAAUUGUACACGCGGUAAAAAACUCAAAACCCUCGUCGGCGGAAGGUGGUGGAGAUGCUUCUCCAGUCGUUGAGAGCAAGUUUUUCAGCCGCGCAAUCGUUGCCACCGCAGCGGCGGAGGACGUCCUCCGCACCAGCUUCAAAGAAGAUGUCCUCCGUAAGAAACUGGGUGCAGCAGAGUAUUCUGCUUACCCGGGUGACGAGAAUGCUCAGCAAAAAAUAAAACACUUGGUUUCCAAUGCCGAAGGCGAAGCGAAGACGAAAUCAAAAGGGGCGCCACCACUCAAAAAGCCAUACCCGCAGGUCCUCGGGUUGGUGGCCGUAGCGAAGCAGGCGGCAAGAACUCUGUUCGAAAAGGACUUGGUGAGAAUGGUACCUGAGCAUUGCCCUUCAUCACCAUUGCCAGCGGAUAUUGGGGCGGCAGGCAUGGACGCGCUUUUUGCGGAAUCUGUCUGGAAGCCCUUAACGGGAAAGGCGAUCGCGGCAUUUGAGCCCACCCGAACAAGCCAUGGAGAGAAAGAUAGCAGGGUGUCGGAAAACCUUGAGAACCUCUGCCAGAAGGACCUGGAAGAGUUCCUUAUCGGGCUCGACGGUAUUCUUUCACAACUAGCGCAUGACGUGUAAUGUAUUACCGCUAUUCUACAAAUCUAUAUCUAUUUGUAUUUCAUCUUGGCGGGGAGAAGAGCGUCGUCACUUCCACGCGACGUGUGGUCGUGGGGCUGGGAUGAAAAUUUGUAAGCAGGAAGACCAGAAGCACGUGGUUACGUAACAAGCCAUAAAGAACGAAUACGAGGCAGAGCAAUUGCAACUUUUGUUUAAAAAACCAAAUAGACCGCAACCCUCAAUGCAAAGUGCAAAGGCUGACCAAGCCGAAUCACAGGCGAAGAUGAAGAUGAACUGGACGAGGACGCAUCCGAUGAUGGAACAAAAACUCUUCCCGGAAUACCAAAAUUCACAGGAACGGCAGAUCCAGCCGCAGUGGCCGCGGAGACACCAGCACCUCCUCCUUGGCCUCGUCCUGCAGUAGAGCCCCCACGACCAGCAGCGCCAGGAAUUGGAGGUAUUUGUGUACUUAUUUUAGCGCUAUUCAUUGAAAUGAUAAUGAAGGGACUUCGACUUUUACGUUUACCACUAUAAAUAAUACUACUAAUUAGACUAUACUAUUACGCUGGCGUCCGCGACGCCGGCAAUGGGGCGAACGAAAUAUCGAAGAUUAAGUACGAAAAGCCGCUUGUGAGAAAGAAGGAGCCCAGUAUCAUUCACAAAGCAGCUUACUUUCUGCAACACAGAUUGCGGAUUUCUUUCUCAGGAACAGCUCGGAGCUUUUGCGCCUUCUCUGAUGGGAGCCAAGGUUAGGGCGUGGAAGCUAGGAACCACUGCUCCCGAGAAAGAGGGGAGGGCGCAAAAAAGCUGCUUUUCUGCGACGCAGAUCGGCCGAGGUUUUCUCACUCAGGAGAGGCCUUGAGCUUCUACGCCCUCCUUCGGGAAGCGGCUAAAAUCAGGUGGACGCUUGGCCCGGCCUCCACCUGCAUUCGCUGGGCCCGGCGCCCGCGUGCAUAGCCGGGACGCUUCGUAUAUUUGUAUACAAAUUAUAGGAAGCGUCCCAGCACUCCCUCCAGAUAUGCAAAUCCGUUUGCGUGCAGAUAUCCGAAAUGCUUUUAUUUAUGCUAUUUACGCGGAAAUCUCGCCCUGCGGCAUUGCAUCAAGUGGUCCUCUUCCGCCUCACUUUCCGCACUUUGAUUCGAAUUCUCGUUGCUGUUGCUGCAGUCCGCAGCCCUACUACGAGUACGAGGGCGGCGGUAUUAUUAGCUUGGGCCGCGCCAGCACCACGCAACACAGAUCGCAAAGGCGCCAGUGUAGUGCUGACGCAUGAAAAAGAAGAGCGCGAGUACGCCCUUCACCUUCAGAGGGCUUGACGGAUCCUAGGUUUUCGGACUGGCUGAAUAGAUUCUUGGGUGAGGACAUUUGUGUUCAGUUCAGGUGGCUGACUCUGCUUCGCCCUUCUCGCUGGUAGCAACAGCAGGACGGGCAAUGAGGCUUCCCCGCACGAUGAUCAAGGCGGGGAAGGAGAUUUUUAGCCAGUCUAGAAAAAAGCCUGAUUUGGAAUUUGCUCUUUCACCAAACAGUCGUGUCUUCAGGAGCAGUGCAAAAGGGUAAGGAUUCGGGCCAUCAUCAGGAAACGAAGUUUGUAAAAAUUGAAAUUGCGUAUUUUGCACUGAGUACAUUUUUCACAGGACCCGCAAGCGCAAUGCCACCAUCCCCCGAGGGCGCCCCGGGACCCGGCGCGACGGUAUCACCAUGAAAAAAGACGCCCCCUGCUGCUUCAUGAUAGCACAACCAAAAGGAAAAUGCCUCCCCCGUGAAAGUUGCUUGCCUAUGUUGCUCCAAGACUGGCCGAUCCCCCUCUACUAGGCCGCAGGAGGCUGCAGGCGUAUUCCUGUCCUAGGUGCCAGGACGCGGGCAGCCUGCCUUGAUGGCGGGUGGACAUGUAAUGGGCAAAGUGCCUACGGCAGCCCGACUGCAGCCCGUCCUGCCGGUCUUCAGAGCCCAUGCGCCUUUAUUUGCAGCUUGGCCUGCUAGUAUGAAAGGUUGCAGAGCAGGGCGCAGCCAUCGUGCAGUGGCGCCACUUACACUUUCGCUCUAUUAAGUAUAAUAUAAAUAUGCUGUAGGACACGAGCGUGCGCGCGCCACUGCGCAAGGUAAUCUCCCUGUCGUGCAGGCUGUCCUUUUUUUGUGGUUGUUCGAGGGGGCAAAUCAGUCGUGUUGCUGCUUUGUCUGAUAAGCACGGGGGACGACUUUUUUCGUCUUGCUAGAAGGCGGCGUCGCCGUUGGGGAACUUCAACAAGGAGGCAUUUUCGCGCGCCUACCCUGUCGCAAUUGAAAACCCCAAUCUGGAAGACAAGUUCCUGGACGCGUACUCGAAAACAUUGGAGGACCUGAAGAAAACCCCAAAGCAGUUGGGAUCGGAAAAAAUCGGAAUCGCCUAUGGAGAAUUGUUUCCAGCCCUGUUCCAUUUUCUCAGCCAGCCCGACGUCGCCAGGGUGUUUCAGUUUCUCGGCAUGUUAUCCACGCCCACGAACAGUGAGUCCCACCCUUGGAAGUCGGGCUGGUGGAAGUGGGAGCUUGCUUUCGACUUAGCUUGGUCGGGCGUGAAGACAUCAGGUGGGGAGGAGGGCAGCCGGCGUAUACCCAACCUCAUCCGCUUGGAAGGGGAGCAUGAUAUCGCGGAUGCCGCUGCGAAGUUUGGCUCUGGCUCUACCACGGGCGAGGGGUUCCUCAAAGAUCGACUCAGCGGAGGCAUGUCUGCAGACAUAUCCCGAGCAAGAACGCCCCCACCACAUCGCCAGCUUCAGAACUGCGCGCCACCAGUCUAGAAGCUUUCACGACUUGCAAUUCCUUGGCGCACUUUUUUGCGGCCCAUUUUCGUAGAAGGCAAAUGAGUGAUCUUAGGGAGCGCUGCUACCCCUAAGGAAAGUCGCAGCCCAUCAUGUGGAUUUGCUAUUUCCACCUGAUUUGUCAUGUGAAGAGCACGCCAAGCCCCACUUCAUUCCAUGCGAUCUGGUGUGGUUUUUGGUGGUUGUUUUGCAUCACAAAAGAGCUCUCUAGGCGAAUCCGCAUGAUAGGACUAGCAGCAGCCGGGAAGGCCACUCCUUUGUUUCGCCUGCAUGCAUUUUGCUGUGGCCCCCAUGAUGUGCAAACACCACGCAGAGCUGUCGCCUGCUUUUUCGGUGAAGGAAAUGGAAACGCGCUGCAGGUUCAUUGCCGAAAAGCUUCGACCGGGGGUCGGAUUUCAGAAGCGCGAGGGGUUCGUAAGAGUUAGGUCGCAACAGGGCUGCACUUCUGAAAAGCGUUGGCAUUCCCCUUGGAAGGGUUUCACUCUGGCGCCUUCCGCCAGAAAGGCGAGAGCCUUUUAAGAGUGAAGCCGCAGCGAAAUUUCCUCCGCUUCGCGAACGUCUUCGAGCCCCCGAAGGCUCUGGCCACGGGCCUCAGCAAAGUCGUGAGGGCCACAAGAGUGAAGGCGCAUGGCGCCCCCGCUUCUGAAAGCUCUCCGGAUUUGCGUCCGAGUCGCCGAGAAGCUUCCCCAAAGUGAAAAGGCGCGACUUUCUGGAGCGAACAGGGAACAUUCAGCGAACUUCCACUACUUGUGGAAGAGGCAAACCGACCCCGGCGAACGUCCGCCCCUGGCGGAGAAAAGAGGAGGGGUUCCUCGCGAAAAGAUGAAAACGCGCCGGGCCUCUCACUUUUCAAGAAGAAUGUAUGAACGGCCGCUGCAGCUCCCGAAGCCGCUCGUGAGCGUUUUCGGCGAGCAGUGGAAGACGUUUUGCAGCCCGCGGAAGCUUCGGCGCCCACGCGUGGUGGGCCUGGGCGCGCAUUGUAUUGAAGACUAGCCUGGGGUGGGGGCGUUUUUCGUCGCAAUAGAUCGCGAAGGAAGAGAUGUUCGGCGAAAGUAGCACUUUGGGGCAGGAAAAGUAUCUUCCCGCCGCUAAGCUGGUCGCGCAGCUAAAUUAUGCGUCCGACCACACAAAAAAACUUGUGCAGAAGAACAACGGCGAACAAGCCCUCGCCCAGCCAUACCCACGGGCGGCGGGUUUGGCGGCCUUAGUAAUCUCGGCGGGGCACAAGUUAUUCCAAGAUAAGCACCCAGACGGAAAAUUUCCGCUCGAUGGCAUGCAGCCCGGGUUCAACUUCCAACAAGCGGUUUUGGCCCCUCUAACGGACACGGCGCGCCAAGUGUUUGCGAAGGUUGAUGGGGGUGGCCGUAUUGCUCCGCCAUCCAUAGAGACCGAGCGGCGGUGUGCGAACGCCGUGCGCGAGUUCCUGGGCGGGAUGCGCGGUACUUAUUUUUCCUAAUGUGCGCGUGGUGUAUUCAUUGCAUUCUCAUGCAGUGUGGAAACGGUGAAGGGCUUCGGCGUCUCAGCGUUUCAUCUGAGAGGAGGAGGCGUCGAUACGUGGGCGCGCCACCUUCAAACGAAAGGGGGAAUUAAUUAUUUGCCUGCGAUGAUUCAAGAUGAAAAAAAAAAACCCAACACGCUAGGCGCGUAUCUUUUGGCGCAUGUCGUACGUCGGUUACAGGGUUUUGCCGCUGGUUUAUCCCACGCGGCGGGGAAUGCGAAAAGGGUGUGUAAUUCCUCUUGCGGGCGAGAAUAGGGCCACGCACUGGGGGACUCUGGAGUGCGUAGUGGUAGUUCCCGACCGACGACGCAAAUGAUAGGGAAAUAAGUAUGACAACAAGAACAACUCCCGGAAACGGCUUCCCGCCCUGGUUGUUUUCUUCUCUUCCCCAUUUGCAUUUGGAAGCCUAAGAGGCCGACUGACAAAACAAAGCUGCCAAAAAAUAACUAGGAGGACCAAAGCCAAGUGCAAGCUGUAGAAGUCGAAGGCCUCCGCUACGAACCCUCGCUCUUCGCACAGUAUCUUCAUGCUUGCGAAAGUCGGUGUCGUGCCACCGCCGGCACAGACCGGGCGCGACUACCUCCAGCCCGGGUUACAAACAUCGCUCAGGGCCGCGAUCAUAUUUAGCACGCAGCGCUGGCUGAUUUGAAAAAAAUGUUGCUCACAACUACUACUACAUCAAAGACACCUGCUACACCGCCGUUUGACAUAAUUUGUGAACCGCACACCAAAGAAACUUACAUCCACAGAAACGCCAGCGGGAGCCGCA